GCGGGGACUGACUCCGGUGAUGGUGGCGUCUUCUGCACGCUGUCCCCCGGUGGCCAUCGAACAUUCCCAUCCCUCUCGCCGCCUGCCCCGUACCCGGCGGGCGGUACUCGCGCUACUGCUGCUUGGACUGCACCCCCUUUCGUUCCCGUGUGCGCGACGAGUGUUUGAGAGUUGCAAGGACAAGCACGCCGCGAGGCCACCGCCUUGCCCCAGCAUCCCGCGACAUUCUAUAUAUUCUAUAUAUUCCCUUCAGAUUUCCAUCCUCUUCUUCCCCGACUCCCGACUCUCGCCACUGUAGAAAGAUCACCGUCCAGCAGAUCACAGCAUCCAUCCGUGUUACUCAUUAACUCACUCUCCAGCCGCUCCUUUGUGCAGCAACCACUCCCGGUCCCUUUGUGGCAGACAGCUCUUCAGGGCAUUACCAGCGAUCAUCAUGCCCCACAGCAACCUCCCAGCACACUUCAACGGCAUCCUCGACCACCAGUACUUUUUGUUUCCUCCCUCCUCCCUGCGCCACCGCAACCGCAACCUCUCCUCCAAUGCCCCCUACCUCUCCCCGCAAUCCCAGCCGGGUGACUUUGACGACAGGUCUCUUCCCCAGCUGCCCUCCACCCAGCCCACCAUGCCAGAGGGCGCAAAGGCGGCGCCUAGAGGGUGCCAAACACCCUCACCCUACCUCUCGCCUCCGCACACCGCCGAGCGCUCUCUUUCCUCUUGCCUUCCUACCCCCCCGGUCUCGAACGCCCGCCAUGGCGAGCAGGUGAAUCAUUUUCCCUUUUACCACACGCACCCAUCCAGCUGGGAGAAUGUCGGGCAGUAUCGACAUUCAGCUGCUGCUAUACAGCCUUGGUCGAGCCCUGUCCCUAGCACACCUGGGCCAUCCCACCCUGUCGAGACGUUUGCGCCUGUCGCUGCCCCUUCUACCCAGCCGUCGUACCAUCAAUGGGGAUACCCUGUGCCUGAGACGAUAUUGCCUUUCGAUUACUCUCACCAGAACGUAGCAACCGUUCAAACGUCAUCCACUGUUGCCAAGAGAGAUGACUCGAGUGCCCCCAAGAGGGAGAGCAAUGCGUCGAGCCCGUCUGACGAAGGCCUGGUCACCAAAGGCGGGUGUCAUCCAUGUGCCAUAUGUGCCAAACGAUUCACACGGCCAUCGGCCCUGUCGACCCACAUGCAUACCCAUACCGGCGAAAAGCCCUUCGUUUGCCCCAUCUGUCUUCGAGACUUUUCCGUCCAGUCCAACUGCAGACGACACAUUCGCAUGACACACGUAGCCAAGGAUGCUCGUGCCAAACUCGAAGCUGAAGAAGCUGCCAAACGCAACGGAAGCCUCUAUCCUCCUGGUACACUUCCCCUCAGUCUCGCUCCGUCCAACCAUGGCGUGGCAUCGUCUUCUCAGUCCCGCAACAAUACCUCUCCCAUCUUUCUACGUGACACCGCUUCCAUGUAUGGGUCGAUGCCCUUUGCUGGAGGAUUAUUCCAAAGCGGAUCGACGACGACGUCGACAGAUCUGCAACCUGCUGUGGACCCCAGGGCGGCCGGUGGGUCGAGGGGCAAUAGACAUGAGCCGCGCGAUAGACGUAAGCCUUAUUAGUAUCGAGAUCUGCGGGGUAGGGGUGCGACGACAGAGAUCUGGAAGAGAACCUCUCUUGACAUUCACAAUUAUACAUUUGGAAGCGAUAGGAGUUGAUCAUAUCAUAUGCCGGCGGUUUGUAGCUUUAGCAGAUAGUUUUCUCGAGGGCGAGUCUCGUCCAAGAUUAUACAUUAUAACAUAUGCCAUGUCAUGCCCCACG